UUGGGCGCGCAAAUUCUCAGUCUCCGAUUACUUCUUUAGCGCGGAUUCCAUGACUCUGCCGAAUUCAUCAAUAUCUAGAAAAACCUAUAUCUGGUUCAAUGGUUCGACAUUCAUAAUGCGGAUAAACUCUAAAUGGGCUUUAGUUUGUUUCAUACAGGCUAGACGCUGAUCUGCAAGUAUCGGACUACAGCUCUAUUUAAAGAAAGGUGCUCAAAAUGGCUUCCUUGACUUUCAUUGGCACAACUCAGGUCCUCAUGUCAACCCAAUAACAGACUCCAUAAGCAAUCAAAAGCCAAGAAUCAAGACUAGAUACUGAAAGCCCUCUUAUACCCUGUUGCAAUGAAGCAAUUGAACACACCUGACUGAGUUCACACCUGUUCUUAGAGUAGGUGUCUCUGAUGGCUGGCCAGGUCUUGGAGAUUCUGGAGGACCUGACAAAAGAAGAAUUUUUAAAGUUGAAGUUGUAUCUGAAUGAAGAGGUGCUGGAAGGAUGUAGACCCAUCCCACAGGGUCGACUGGAGGACCAAGGUGUGACAGGUGUCAUCACCUUGAUGAAGAGUUCCUAUGGCAACAAGAUGGUGCAGGUCACACUGGAAAUCUUAAGGAAGAUUUCGAGAAAUGACCUCGUUGAGAGACUGGAGAGAAAUCUGGAAAGUGGUGCUGAAGUCAGAAGGCAGACUGUGAGGAAACGAUCAGGGGAGGAUCUGAGCUCUGCAGCUGCAGCCGGUGAUUACAGCCCUGAGAGGAAGCGCGAGAGGAGCUUGAAUGCAGAGCCUGUGUCUGAGACCCAGCAGGGAGGGGCACAGCCGUCCCUGACUGUUGAUGCAUUCCUGAGCUCCAAUCACCAGGAUCUGGACACAGAAAAAAACCAAUGUGCUCAACGUGUCCAGAAGAACCUGAAGUUGAUUCUGAAGCAGAAGUAUGAGUGCAUAUAUGAAGGGGUUGCUAAGCCAGGAAAACAUGCCCUCCUCAAGAGCAUUUACACAGAGCUCUGCAUCACAGAGGGGGACUGUGAACGGGUCAAUAAUGAACACGAGGUGUGGCAGAUUGAAACAGCAACCAGGACACAGCCUACACAAGACACUGCAAUUAAAUGCAACGACAUCUUUAGACCCUUAGCUGGACAAGGCAGACCCAUCAAAACUGUAAUGACCAAGGGCAUCGCUGGUAUUGGAAAAACGGUCUCUGUGCAGAAGUUCAUUCUUGACUGGGUGGAAGGAAAAGCUAAUGAGGAUAUUGAUUUCAUGUUUGUCCUUCCUUUUCGGGAGCUGAACUUACUUCAUGAGCAGCACAGUCUCCUUGAGCUUCUGCACGUCGUUCACCCUGGAACGAAAGAGUUUGAAAACAUUGAGCCUGAAAAUUACAAGGUUUUGUUCAUCUUUGAUGGUCUGGAUGAAAGCAAACAUCCCUUGAAUUUCAGACACAAUAAGAUCCUGUCUGAUGCAAGGAAGACAUCCCCAGUGGAUGUGCUACUGACAAACCUCAUUAAGGGGAAUCUACUUCCCUAUGCUCUCCUCUGGAUCACCUCCCGACCAGCAGCAGCCAAUCAGAUCCCUCCAAAAUGCAUCCACCGACUGACAGAGGUCAGAGGGUUCAAUGAUGCACAGAAAGAGGUGUAUUUCAGGAAAAGAUACGCAGAUCAGAAUCUGGCUGGUAGAAUUAUCUCACACAUAAAGACAUCCAGGAGUCUGCACAUCAUGUGCCAUAUACCAGUCUUCUGCUGGAUGUCUGCCGCUGUUCUGGGGAGACUUUUGGGUGGAACUGACAGGGAAAUAAUCCCUAAAACUCUGACUGAAAUGUACACACAUUUCCUGCUCAUUCAGUCAGACUUCAAGAAUGAGAAAUAUGAGGACAGAUCUGAGAAGUCAGAGAAAGAAAUCCUCCUAAAACUGGGGCAGCUAGCUUUUCAACACCUGAAGAAGGGCAAUCUGAUGUUUUAUGAGGAGGACCUGCAAGAGUGUGGCAUUGAUGUCACAGAAGCUUCUGUGUACUCUGGGGUGUGCACAGAGAUCUUUAAAGAGGAGCCUGUGCUGCAUCAGAAGAAAGUCUACUGCUUUGUGCAUCUGAGCCUGCAGGAGUACAUGGCUGCUUUGUAUGUGAUUCAUUCCUUCAUCAGCAAGAACUUCAGGGCAUUGAAGAAUUUUUUUGGUCUAAAGACUUUAGCGCCACUCCAUGAUUUGCACAAGAAAGCUAUUAAGAAGGCUUUGGAGAGUGAGAAUGGACAUCUGGACCUCUUUCUCCGAUUCCUUCUGGGCCUCUCACUGGACUCCAAUCAGCGCCUUCUCCCAGGUCUACUGCCAGAGACUGGAAGCAACUCUGAGAGCAUCCAGAAAACAGUUCAGCACAUCAAGGUCUUUAAAGAGAAAGAUCCCUCUCCAGAAAGAUGCAUCAAUCUGUUUCAUUGUUUGUCUGAACUCAAUGAUGAUUCAAUUCUGAUGGAAACCGAAAAGUUGGAGCAUUCCAGUCAAAAGUUCUUACCUGCGCACUGCUCCAUCCUGGCCUAUACACUCCUCAGAUCGGAAAAGGCGUGGGAUACAUUUGACCUGAGACGGUACAACACCUCAGAAGAGGGGCGAAGGCGACUGGUCCCAGCUGUGAAGUGCUGCAAGAAGGCUGUACUUAGUGGCUGUAAUCUCACAGAGAAAUCUCUUAAACUCGUGGACUCCGCCCUGCAGUCAGUCUCCUCCCCCCUCAGAGAGCUGGACCUCAGCAACAACAACCUGGGAGAUUCAGGAGUGGAGCUGCUCUGUGCUGGACUGAAGAGCACAAACUGUAAACUACAGACUUUGAGGCUCAGGGAGUGUUAUCUCACAGAGGGCUGCUGUGAUGUUCUGGCCUCAGUCCUGCGUUCUCCUCACUCAGAGCUGAGUGAUCUGGAGCUCAGAGACAACGAGCUGCAGGACUCAGGAGUGAGAGCGCUCUCUGCUGGACUGGAGGACCCACACUGUAAACUGCAGAGACUGGGGCUGUCAGGCUGUGGAGUCACAGAGAGAGGCUGUGAUUCUCUGGCUUCAGCUCUGCGUUCAAACGCCUCACACCUGAGAAAGCUGGACCUGAGCUACAAUCACCCUGGAGACUCAGGAGUGAGAGCGCUGUCUGCUGCUAAACUGGACACACUCACACUGCUUGUAGACCAUGGAGGAGAGAUCAGGCUGAAACCAGGACUGAGGAAAUAUGCUGUUGCACUCACACUGGACCCCAGCUCUGUACACAGAAAGCUGUCUCUGUCUGAGGGGAACAGGAGGGUGACAUGGGGGAAUGAGCAGCCAUAUCCUGAUCAUCCAAAGCGAUUUAGCAUGUAUCUCCAGGUGCUGUGCCAGGAGGGGCUGUCUGAGCGCUGCUACUGGGAGGCAGAGUGGAGGGUGGAGAAGGGUGGGAAAUGGCCCUGUCUCGCAGUGGCCUAUGAAACGCUUGGCAGGAAAGGACGGGGUGCUGAAAUGCAGUUUGGACACAAUGACAAGUCCUGGAGUCUGUGCUGUUCUAAACAGAAGUACUCUGCCGCUCACAUAAAUAUCUCCACUGACAUACCUACUGCCCCCCCUUCCUGCAGAGUAGGGGUGUACCUGGACUAUCCGGCCGGCACUCUGUCCUUCUACAGCGUCUCCUCUGACACACGUACCCUCCUGCACACUUUCCACAGCACCUUCACCCAGCCCCUCUACCCUGGGUUUAAACUGAAUAAGGGCAACUCGCUGUCCCUGUGCAUGCUGGGAUAGGUUCCUGGGUGUGUGGCUCUCGGUGUAAAAGAAAAUCUUAAUGUGCAAGAAAUUCCAGAAGUCGACCAGCUCAUGCCUGGGCACAGUGAGUGAGUCUGUCUGCAAGAGGGGAGUCAGUUUUAGAUCUGCUGUUAUGUACUGAUCCUGACAGAAUUUGACUUACUAGUGAGCUAGCAGAGUUAAGCCUGCUACACAAGGAGCGAUUGGAAAGAGCUCUUGGGGAAGUCUGUAUCGUAGUGGUCAAGGAACGUGACUGUGACAUACAAGUUUGAUGGUUUGAUCCCCAUUGUAGCCACAAUAAGACCCGCACAGCUGUUGGGCCCUUGAGCAAGGCCCUUAACGCUGCAUUGCUCCAGGGGAGGAUUGUCUCCUGCUUAGUCUAAUCAACUGUACAUCUGCCAAAUGCCAUUAAUGUAAUGUAAUGUAAAAGUCUUGUUCUUCAGACUCAGCUCUGAGGCAUGAUGGGACAUUAUUGCCCUGCUUCUACACAUGAGCCUGUUUUGCUCGACUGUCUGUGCUGUCCAGCUGGCUAUAGUUCCUACCUUCCCUAAAUUUGUCUGUGGAGAAUUUGAACAUGGGAAUAGCUCUGGAAGGUAAUCCUGGUUUGUUAAAACGAAAUGUUUGUUGACCUUAGGAGACUCCUUUUUUCCCUUUUCAAGCGAAUGACUUGCCACUAGAGAAACCACUCUGGAAAUCUUGCACAUUAUCUUACCUGAGAUUGUUUUUCUGCUCUUUACCGUGUUGGGAGUCAGGUAUGGGCAGUGUCCCUGUGGACGUUGUGAUCACAUGAUGCUAUGGGCAGUGUCCCUGUGGAUGCUGUGAUCACAUGAUACUAUGGGCAGUGUCCCUGUGGAUGCUGUGAUCACAUGAUGCUAUGGGCAGUGUCCCUGUGGAUGCUGUGAUCACAUGAUGCUAUGGGCAGUGUCCCUGUGGACGCUGU